AUGGAGGUGUUGUCACUUUGGUGGAAGUGGUGGUGGAGGCUGGCUAGAGGUGGUGGAGGAAGGUGGCCGGAGAUGGUGACCGCCGGAGGUAGUGGCCGGAAGGUGGUCGGAGGUGUGGCCAGAGAUGGCCGACCGGCGGUGAUGGCCGGAAGGUGGCCGGAAGGUGGCCGGAGGUGUGGCCAGAAGGUGGCUGGAAGGUGGCCGGAGGUGUGGCCGGCGGUGGUAGCCAGAGAUGGUGAGGAAGAGGACUACGCGACGCACAAGAAGCAGAAGCAGAAGCAGAUGUUGUCGUCGACGCCGCAAUCGAGCCUUCUUAAUCCGUCACUUCCCUAUGAUUUGCUAUUGCACAUCGUCGCACGCGUCCCAAGAUUGUACCAUCCUACUCUCUCACUCGUCUCCAAGAGCUUCCGAUCUCUCCUAGCUUCACCAGAGCUUUACAAGGUCAGGUCACAGUUAGGCCUCACCGAGAGUUGUCUCUAUGUGUGCUUCGAUAUGCUUGAAGGCCCUACCUGGUUCACCCUCUGCCGGAAAUCUGAUCAAACCAAUAAAGAGGAGAGGAGUGGUUAUGCUUUGGCUAGAAUCCCAAUUCCCAAUUCUCCUUACGUACAGUUUUCAAGUCUCGUGUCCGUUGGUUCUGAUAUCUAUAACAUUGGCGCAAUCCAACCCGGCAGGUUCAAAGCGUCCUCCUCGAGCGUCUCAAUUCUUGAUUGCAUGUCUCACACUUGGCGCGAGGCUCCAAGCUUACCUGUGGAGCUAUUAACUGUCUGUGCUGGCGUCCUUGAUGGAAAGAUAUACGCAGCAGGACAGUACAAGGAUGACAGUAGCUCCGACUCCUUUAAGAACUUGGUCGAGGUGUUAGACAUAAAAACACAAGUUUGGAGUCAUGAGCACAUCCUUUGUAGCAUCGAUCCAAACUACAACUAUAUAUCCAAUACCGCUUGUAUUGACGGAAAGUUCAACGUGGCCAUUCUUGGAAAUUAG